AUGUCGGAGCCCGGCGCCCCCGCGGCCGGUGAUAAAGCGCCCCGGCUCCAGGACCGCGUCCUUCGUGGGCUGCGCUGGGGCCGCCUCCAGGAGCCGCUGGGUUUCAUCAAGGUGCUGGAAUGGCUCUUUGCCAUCUUCGCCUUCGGCUCCUGCGGCUCCUUCAGCGGCGAGACCGGAGCCACAGUGAAAUGUGACAGUGGAGGGAUGACAGCCAUCAGCAUCCAGUUUGGGUACCCCUUCAGGUUAUACCAGAUUCCCUUUGGGAUGCCCAAUUGUGAGGAUGAAUCAGAAGCCCGCACCCUGUACCUCGUCGGCGAUUUCUCUGCUCCCGCCGAGUUUUUCGUGACCCUGGGGGUCUUCUCCUUCCUCUACUCCAUGGCUGCUCUGGUGCUCUACCUCCGCUUCCAUUCCCUGUACACGGAGAACACGAAGCUCCCGUUCACAGAUUUCUGUGUCACUGUCUGCUUUGCCUUCUUCUGGCUGGUGGCGGCGGCGGCCUGGGGCAAGGGGCUGAGCGACGUGAAGGCGGCCACGCGCCCCUCCGCCCUCAUCGCUGCCAUGGCCGUGUGCCAGGCCGACGGCGUGCUCUGCAACGCUGGCACCACGCCCGCCAUGGGGCUGGCCAACAUCUCGGUGCUCUUCGGGUUCCUCAACUUCCUGCUGUGGGCCGGGAACUGCUGGUUCGUGCUGCGGGAGACGCCGUGGCUGCGGCCGCCCGCGCCCCGCGACAGCGCGGCCGAGCAGGGCGCCAUCGACAAGCAGUGA